AUGACUGUGGGGGAAGUCCACCUAGGUCUUACUGCGGUGGUGUCGGCGGGCGUAUCUGCCAAACUUGAAGCUCUAGCCACUUUGGCCGGUAUGGAGAGCUCUGUCCUCUUGAACGACGAACUGGACGUCGGCGGCGGUUUCAAACCAGACACCGUUGUGUCUAUCAGCAUCGGGAUGAGUCGCACCGCCGCGGGACACAUAGAGUCCAUGUCGUCAGAGUCUACCCCUCAUGCAGGAAGAAAGCUUGCAGACGAGAUGGCGGCUGGUAAGGAGGGGGUCGUAGGCACCAUUUUCGUCGUAGCCAUUGAGAACCGGUACCGCAAGUCUCGAGCGCCCCAGGACCAUAUCAUCAGAGGGUGGAAGAAGCUGGCCGAGGAGAGGGGGAUGAGUGAUUCAAGGCGAUGGGGGAAGUGGGGGUAUCGCGGGUGGAACCCGACAAAGGGAGGUCAGAAGUUCCAGUCCUGGGACCUCAGUCGCGGUGCGGCGAAGCAAAACCCAGCCCUGUUGGCCUCGAAGUUGGGCCAUCGCAGCACGCCCGGCAUCACCUACCAAGGCCACGUUCUGGCAGGAUGUGUUGAUGCAUUCGUCACUUUCCUUCCUCGUUCCUCGUACCCAAGGGUAGAGGCCGCGCUGCAGAACCCAAAUUUCAAGUGGACGGCCGAGAAUCUCAAGAGGGAGUUCGGAUUUUUGCCCAUCUCCCCAAACGGGCGGGUAGAUGAAUUCGUCAACACCUCCCAUCAUGUGCGCGAGUUCUACUACACAAUGUUCAAAUCUUUCUUGGCCACCGCUGCGUAUGAAGAGGUUGCCGACGUCAUCGAUUUUGACGACAAUCCAUUUCAACAUCUUCCAGAGCCGUUUAAGAGGCGCGUUGAUGUCCUUCUCCGGGACUCGACGGACUAUAAUGCCUUCGUCGACGUCGACGCAGACCACGCCUCCCGGGAGAUUUUUGAGGACAGCGAGGUCUACCGCAAUCUCUCACCGGAGCAGCUAUGCUCGGCAUCUCGCGACAUGUCUCGCGCCCUGACUCGCUUCUUGGAAUUAGUGGCGGAUACCAGAUUGAGGGCCAUGCUGGAAAACGUUAGCUAG